CGAGUAAGCAACAACCAGCACCAGAAAUCGAUGCGGCUUUUUGUGCUUUCCGGGGAUUUGGGAGGGAAGUCGCCCUAUGAUGUAGAGCAGUGGCGUACACGCAGGGUCAGGGUCUUUAAAUUAAGCUCCUGGCCUUUGUUACGCUUAGUGUGCCUGCGAGUCCAGUCAGCAAACGCCGCGAGACGACUAUAAUCUGAAGCUCUUUCUUUAUUACUCGUUGAAGGAAGGAAGGAAGGAAGGAAGGAAGAAAAGUCUUGUCCUCGUGCUCAAGUGAAGCAAGCUUCUUCUCCACUUCUCCUUCUCCUUCUCCGUUUAUUUUUGUUUUGAUUUAUUUACUUUCUCCUCGCUGUUGCAUCUGUCCUGGAAGCAAUGGCCACCACCCAAGAAGAAAACCUCAGCGGCUUCAGAAACUCCAACGAGCACUUCACCGCCGAAGCACGCAUCAACACAGACGGCCGCAUCAACAUCCACGUCACAGACAAAGCCCUCAAACUAACCAAAUACCUCGCCAAGCGCGCCAAAUACUCGCACGGCCAAGCGCCCCUCGGCCAGGACCUGACGCCCAAUAACCGCGAGUACGAGAAUAAUUUCCAGGCCGUGCUGGGCAAGUAUAAGGAUGCCCCGAAACUGAACAUCGCCAUCCAUAUCGUGGGCUCGAGGGGCGAUGUUCAGCCCUUUAUUGCGGUUGCGAAGGAGUUGAUGAGGCCGCCGUAUGGGCAUCGGGUGAGGAUUUGUACGCAUCCGGUGUUCAAGGCAUUUGUGGAGGAGAAUGGGAUUGAGUUCUUUUCCAUCGGAGGGGAUCCUGCGACGUUGAUGGCGUACAUGGUUAAGAAUCCGGGCCUGAUGCCAGGGAUGGAGAGUUUGAAAGCGGGAGAUGUGGGAAAGCGACGUGCUGAUAUCGCGGAGAUUUUGGAGGGCUGUUGGAGGGGGUGUAUUGAGCCUGGGGAUGGGAUGCUGGGGUCGAAGAAGUCUUCUUCGACGAUGAGUCGGGAGGAGGAGACGGAUCGGUUGUUUAUUGCUGAUGCGAUUAUUGCGAAUCCACCGAGUUAUGGGCAUAUUCAUUGUGCGGAGAAGUUGGGGAUUCCGUUGCAUAUGAUGUUCACACAACGGGCUUCUUGUUCUGUCAGGACGAACAUGCUAACAUUAUUCAGCAUGCCAUGGAGCCCAACUCAAUAUUUUCCACAUCCACUUGCUUCUCUCGACCGAAACGAAGCAGACCCCAACUUCGCUAAUUACAUAUCUUAUACCAUGAUGGAACUUCUUGCAUGGCAAGGACUUGGGGAUGUCAUCAAUGGUUUCCGAGUCAAGACUCUUCAUCUCGAUCCUAUCAGUCCGCUUUGGGGUCACAUGCUCCUCUCUAGAAUGAAAGUCCCUUUUACCUACGCAUGGUCCCCAGCACUAAUCCCUAAACCCCCAGACUGGGGAUCCCACAUCAACAUCAGCGGUUUCGCCUUCCUAAACCAGGCCUCAACCUACACCCCACCAGAAGACCUCCUCACCUUUCUCAAAGCCGGCCCACCACCCGUCUACAUCGGCUUCGGAUCCAUCGUCGUCGACGACCCUAACAAACUCACCAAAAUGAUCUUCGGCGCCGUCAAAAGAGCCGGAGUACGAGCCCUCGUGUCCAAAGGCUGGGGUGGCCUUGGUGACGGCGAUGUCCCAGAAGGAGUUUUCUUGCUCGGAAACGUGCCUCAUGAUUGGCUCUUUAACUACGUCUCCGCCGUUGUCCAUCAUGGAGGAGCUGGUACGACGGCUAUCGGUAUUGCAAUGGGCAAACCGACCGUUGUCGUCCCUUUCUUUGGAGACCAGCCAUUCUGGGGAGCUAUGAUUCAUAGAGCCGGCGCGGGACCAGAGCCCGUUCCCUUCAAGAAGAUGACGGAAGAGAACCUUGCUCAUGCCAUCGUCACGGCUCUAGGUCCAGAUGUCCAGACAUCCGUCAAGCAGAUGAGCGAACAGAUCGCACAAGAAAACGGAGCGAAGACUGCAGCUGAAUCUUUUCACCAGGCCGUGAAUCUAGAUACGAUGCGUUGUCUCAUGCGGCCUGAUCACGUUGCCGUAUGGCGCGUAAAAGGAACAAACAUCAGACUAGGUAUCAUGGCUGCUGCUGUUUUACUCGACGCCCAGAUCGUGCGUCUGCCGAAUUUGAAACUAAUUCGCCACCGAGACUGGUACGUCGACGAAGGAGCCGGCGACCCCAUCCAAGGCUUCCUCGCCGUCGCCUCAGGAACAGUAACCAACUCCCUCACCCUGAUAUUCGACUACAGCCGCUCCCUCUCCCGCACCGUGCACCGGCCCCCCACUCCCCCCAAGAUCGAGACCGACUCCUCCUCCUUAUCGGACCCGCGCCCGCUCGCCCUCCGCACCAACUCCCUCGAAUACGUACCAACCCGCAACCCCGUCCAAAAAGCCGCGCACUUCUCGCCCGAACACCUCGACUACGUGGCGCUAAAAAUGGCGUCCAAGACCCUGAAAUCCACAACGGACAAACAGAAGAACAAACGCACGUAUAGCUGGAGUCCCGCGCAAAGACAGGUCAGUUUGCUGCAUCAUGGGAGUAGUAAACAGGUGCAUUACCAUGGGCGGUUACACGAUGCCAGUGUCGAGACGGGACAUUUCGCUUAUGCUAUGGGUGCCACUGCUUUACGAGUCCCUGUAGCGUUCUUCUACAACCUCGCCAACGGCUUCCACAACGCGCCCUCCUUCUUCCUCUCCGACCCCACCGUCCGCCGCCGCGACAACAUCACGGGCUUCGGUUCCGGCCUCAAAGUCGCCUCCAAAGAAGUCCUCUACGGCACCCUGGACUCUUUUACCGGUCUCAUCACGCUGCCUGUCCGCGGCGCGAAGAAAUCGGGCCCCUGGGGCUUCGUCAAGGGCGUCGGGAAGGGCGUCGCCGCGUUCCCGAUGAAGAUCACGGCUGCGGCGCUGGGGAUCCCCGGGUAUGGGUUGAAGGGGCUGGAGAAGCAGUUGGAGAAGAGGUAUAGUCGGGGAUUGAAGGCGGGGUUGUUGGUUGUUAGGAUUAAGCAGGGGAUUGUGGCGUUUGAGAGGAGUAGUGAGGCGGAGAGGGAGGAGGUGAGGAGGAGGUGGAGGGAGUUGGAGGGUGCGUCUUAGAUUGUUGGUUGGGGGGCAAGUGGUGUUUGGAUUUUGGGAUUGGGAGUUGUAGGGAUACCUUGUUGGUUUUCUGGGUGAUUUAGUGUGUUGUUAUGGAUAUAAUGGAUCUUUGAUAGUCAAUCUCUGCUUGUUACUUCCAACUAGUUAAAAAAGAGUGGUUAAUCAUAACCCGC